AUGUCGAUUCGGCCCCUGCCCGAUGAGGCCGUUGCCCAGAUCAAGUCCUCCACGGCCAUUGUGUCGCUCACCGGAGUCGUCCUGGAACUACUGAGGAACUCUCUCGACGCAAGAGCAUCCAAGAUCGACGUCACGGUUGACUUUGCGCGCGGUGGUUGUACUGUCGAGGACGACGGCCUGGGCCUAGCACCCGCCGAGUUUAGAGAAGAUGGAGGACUGGGGAAGCUCUAUUGCACCUCCAAAUACCAAUCAGACGAACCUCUUUUCGGUCAACAUGGCACCUUUCUUGCCUCGCUUUCGGCAAUGUCCCUCCUGACGAUCACCUCGCACCACCACGCGUAUCGCUCGCACAACUCCAUCUCAUUCCACCAUUCUCGAGCCAUAGAGAGGCAGAUACCAACUACUGCUCGCAACCACGUCCACGGCAAACAUGGUACCCGGGUUACUGUCCGAAAUCUGUUUGGCAACAUGCCAGUGCGCGUGAAACAACGAUCCAUAGUCAUGGAUCAAAAAGCAGAGCAUCAUCGACUGCGCGAAGCUCUGAAGAACGCAACGGCCGGCUUACUCCUGAGCUGGCAAAGCCCAAUCUCACUUAAAAUCCGGGAUGGUGACAACAAAACCAUCGUGAACUUCAACACAAAGCAUGCAGUCGUGGCGGGAGAUAGCCAGAGCACCGCAGCUGGCAGGCCACGCUCUGCGCACCUUCCGUCGCUACUUCACAUCAUGACGCAGGCCGGGUACAUUGCCACGGAUGAGUGGGCUUCGUGGGUGCCAGCGUCCGCAUCAACAGCCGUCCUGUCAGUCAAAGGAGCCAUCUCCCUCGAACCAUCACCUAGCAAGCAUGUACAAUUCAUGUCAUUUGGCUUGCGACCGCUCUUCAGCCAUAACGGGCAUAACGAACUUUACGAUCAGGUCAAUCGUCUGUUCGCACUGUCUAGCUUCGGCACUCUUGAAGAUGACGCCGAUGUAGAUGAUCAUGAAAAGCUUCGCCGGCAGUCGGACAAGCGCUUCAAGAACGACGGGUAUACCAAUCGCCAACUCAAGGCUCGCAAGGGCGUCGACAGAUACCCCAUGUUUCACCUACGAAUCUCGGUAAAGGACGGACGUACAUCAGAUUCGGUGGCAGACCGUUUUAUCGAGGACAAAACCAACCUGCAAGCAGUAGUAGAGAUACUUGGCGUCAUGAUCAGUCAAUGGCUAUCAGUGCACCACUUUCGCCCAAGAAAGCCUUAUCAGAAGUUAAGCCCAUCCAGAACAGCGUCAACACCAAUAUGCGAAUCAGACAAGCAAAAUUGUACCCCGUCAAGGAAGCGCGAGGUAUUGUCGAAAACAUCGGCAAAAUCUUCGCCGGGGACAACGAACAUGAGGCCUAUGACAACAAACGCCGCGAAGAGGAAGAGACUGGUAAUGACUCCACUAGAAGAUCCUUCUGGAAAGCCGCGUCAACAAGCCUUUGCAGAGUGGUCGCGCAUCAAGAGCGGAAGGUCAAGCUUUUUUGACAGCAUAACGCCCAUAUGCAAGGCAAGAGCAGACACUCUUCUUAAAACACCCUCCUCCUCAACUUCAGAGAAUGCAAACGGCCAACCGCUUCAUGACGCGAGCCAACAGCAAUACGCAGCUUUCAACGUCACUCCCAUUUCUAGGGGUGCUUUAAGCGAGUCAGCAAUUGCAGUCUCGCCUGAACCUGAGAACGACACUGCUUCUGCAGCAGAUGAGACUGUCAUAUGGACUGAUCCGUCAACCAGCAAGACGCAUCUUCUCAACGCGCGUACAGGUUGCAUGAUAGCACCUCAACGAGCACGAUCCCAGACCGACUCUGCAGCCCGAAAGCUUAUGGCUAACGAAGGAAAUACAAGCAAGUCACUUCGGAUGACACCCAGAUCUGCAACUGCCGAGUUCACAAGAACGCCAUGGCUUGACGGCGUGUUGCAGGGUUGGGAGAACCCUGUUUUCAGGCCAAGCGAAAGAAACAUUCAGCGGAUGUCGCUUCAAGAUGAUCUGGAGCAGGGACUACUACAACACUCGCAGCACGGCCACGUACACAGCACCCACUUCGAUAUGCAGAAAGCAUUCGCCGAGGCAACGUCAAGCUCGGCCAGGCUAUCGAAGGAAGGCCUGCGCAACGCUCAAAUUAUUUCACAGGUCGACAAAAAGUUUAUCCUAGUAAAGAUGAUGGGCUCACCUACAGGCUCCGAAAUGCAGUCGGCUACAGAGGUGUUGGUAUUAGUCGAUCAACAUGCGGCAGACGAACGCAUCCAAGUCGAAACACUUCUAGCCGACCUAUGCAACCCAAACAACAACUAUUCACACUCGGGCUAUCAAUCAAAACUUGGACUUAGCUCCCCCGUCGAUUUCGUCGGCCUUGAGAAGCCUUUGCAAUUCACAAUCUCACCACAGGAGCAUACGCACUUCCGACUUCAUGCUGCGAGCUUCGCUGCUUGGGGGAUAUUGUAUGACAUCAGCAAUUCUACGUCACCUGGGAGCAGACCUGGGGCAGCAGAGAAGGAAACGUUCAAAGUUUCAGUCACCACCCUACCGCCAAGUAUCUCGGAGCGCUGUAAAGGCGAUCCUCAACUCCUGAUCUCCCUCCUGCGGUCUGCAGUAUGGAAGUAUGCCGAGUCACCGCCAGUCACACCAGCUGCAGCCAAUGACCGGCACAGAAGCUGGAUCGCAAGGAUAGCUACUUGCCCGCCGGGUCUUGUCGAUAUGAUCAACUCUCGCGCCUGUCGAUCGGCUAUUAUGUUCAACGAUGAGUUGAGCUCAGAAGACUGUAGAGUUUUAUUAGAUAAGUUGGCAGAUUGUGUCUUCCCGUUCAUGUGCGCACAUGGAAGACCGAGUAUGGUGCCGAUUGCUGAUUUGCAAUGCAUCGGACGCGUCAGUGAUGAACCAGAGCCUAGUUUGGGAACCGAGACCAAUCAGGUAGGAGGUUUUGUGGAAGCAUGGAAGAAGUGGAGAACAUGA